UAUAAAAACUAAAAAGUCGUUUCCUUUGCCUCUCCCUCCCUCCCUCCUCCUCUCCCUCUGCUCUCUCAACCCAUUUAAACCCUGUCUCUCCCUUACGAAUUUGAAGAAACCCGUUUCUUGUUUUUGAAAAAGUCUCUCAAAUUUGAAGUCUUGAUUGAAAUGCAAUAGGAAAAAUUGCAUCUUUCAUGUGAUUCGUCUUGUUAUGGAAUAUGAAGUUUCAGACAGUAGUGGUACUGAUGAUGAUAUCCCGCCAUCAGAUCAAAAUAGAGUUGUAAGAGCAGCAAGAAUUUCAGGAAGUGGACAAUCUGCUGUAAUUUCUGCAACAUAUUCUAGGGUGCAAGCUGACAUGGAGGCCCAAAUUCAUCACCUUGAACAAGAAGCUUAUAGGGCUGUACUUCGUGCUUUUAAGGCUCAAUCUGAUCAACUUAGUUGGGAUAAGGAGGGUUUAAUUACAGAACUUAGGAAAGAGCUCAGGGUGUCAGAUGAUGAACACAGAGAGAUCUUAACAUUGGUUAAUAGAGAUGAUAUCAUUCAAAAGAUAAGGGAGUGGAGAGAGGCAGGUGGCCAGCGAGCUCCCAGGUUCAAUGCAUCUCAGUCUGUUCAUGAUGUUUUUCCUAGUCCCACUGUUUCAGCAUCCCGUAAAAAACAGAAGACAUUCCUAAUGUAUCCUACAGGUCCUCCCAGAAAUCAGCAUUUCACCAGCCAUGGUUCCGCCUAUGAUGACAAAGAAAUUGGAAAAGAAGUGUGGACAAGAUGGCCUGAGGACAACAACUUCUAUAAGGCUGUCAUAACUCGCUAUAAUCCUACCGAGGCUCGACAUGCUCUGGUCUAUGAUAUGAAUACUGAAAAUGAGACAUGGGAAUGGGUUGAUCUCAAUGAGAUGUCUCCAGAGGACAUUCGAUGGGAAGGUGAUGAUCCUGGAAUUUCUCGUGGUGGGCCAAGGCACAUGAUAAAAAAAUCCAUGAGCCAUGGAGGUUUUAUUUCAAGUUCUGUAAGGAGGAGGGCAUCCACUAAUGAUCAAUCAAAAAGAGAAUUUCUUCUGACACAGAAUGGUAUUGCAAGGAAACUUUCUGACAACAUCGAAUUGCUCAACACAGAGUCCCUAGUUAAGGAGGUGGAGAGGGUUUUUGGUGUCUGUUAUCCCGAUCCUCUUGACCUUGAGAAGGCAAAAAGGAUGUUAAAAGAGCAUGAACAAGCACUUGUUGAUGCAAUUGCAAGGCUCGCAGAUGCAUCUGAUGGAGAAAGUGAUGGCGACCCAAGAUUCUUGCAGGGGCAAGCAAUGGAGCAGGAAUGAGGUUUGAUGAAACCAGUUACUAGUGGAAGAUCGUAGUAAGGCCUGAUAAUUCUAGAAGUGUUAAUUGAGUAGCAUUAAAUUGCUUCAGCCCGCAAGACUACAUUUUUUUCCCGCUGGAAUCCUUUUUUUUUUUGUUUGGUUGGAUUUUGAUCUUCUUGAUUAAAAAAAAAAAAAAAAAAACCUCAUGCUUGUAUCAUAUAAUAUCCACGCACUCACAUUUUAUGCACACGUAGAACCUUUUAAUUGAAGUUAAUUCCUUCAAUCUUCAUCCAAAGAGCAGUGACUUCAAUGUAAAAUUAUGCGUGGCGGUGGAUGACAUAUAAUUGUGUAAAGAUCUAUUGAUGA